UGCUGUUUCUUGAUUCUGGUUGCUGCCGGCUGUGUGUUGCUGCUGCUGGCUUCACGCUGUUGUGGAUGCGUCGUGAUAGUGUUCAUACAGUUGGAACAUUUACUUUGUUAUUAUGUUUGAAAUGGUUAUUGUGAUACUAUAUGUAUUUCCUGGACCUAAUUUUUGCCUUCCAUGUGGGAUGUACAUGGUUUAUUCUGUAAAUAGGUCUUGUUUAUAUUUGGGUGUACUUAGUGUUGGGUUUGUUCUUGCUCCCCAUCUGCUUCUGUGCUUACACUACAAGAAAUCGCACCUUUGGCGAGCAUUUUUGGCGACUAUAGUGCUUGCUUUUUGGCGACCUAAUUUUAGCAUUUUUGGCGACUAUAGUGCUUGGGUAGGAAAAAUGCUUUUUGCUCGGCAAGGGAAGAAAUUUGAUUAUGAUCUAAAACAGCUUCGCUUUUCUGAUGAUCUUCUAAUGGAACUGGGUGCUGGGAUAGAAUUGGCAACUGCAGCUGUGCCACACCUUUUUCUGCCUUUAGCUUGUGUUGCCAAUGUAGCCAAGAAUGUGGGUGCUGUUACAUCAACAUCUACUCACACUCCAAUCUACAAAGCCUUUGCUAAAGGAGAAAACAUUGGGGAUGUUACUGUAAAGGGAGAAUGUGUGGGCAAUAUUGCCGAUUUGGUAUGAUUCUCCAACUUCUUUUGCAAUUUCCAGAAGCUUGUGUUUGCUGUGAGGACGUUGGGAAUGAAUUUUGGUCACUGCUCAAUAUCAUGAAAAUGUUAUGAAUAGUGGUUAGGAUGUUGGUACCCUCUGUUUGGGACCCCCACGUGUUAUUUUGUUUGAGAUGGGGGAAAAUGGUAAAAUAGGAAUGUCCAAGUUACAUAAGGAUAUAUAUGUUGUAUUCCUAUCUCUUUUAUGUGGUUUCCUUUACUUGACACAUAUCCUCCAAUCUUUUUAAAUUCUUGGUGUAUAGAAAUGUAAAUAGUGGAUUUGAUCUGUGUUUCCUGUUUUCAGGAUAGAAUUAAUAGCAUGCAAAACGGG